AUGAUAGUCGGUGCACUUGCUGUCGCUACCGAAACUGCUUCCGGCAAUCUCCUCGAGCCCAUUUUUGCUCUGCAGUAUGCCGGCGUAAACCCGGUUGCGAUCCGGAACGCCACCUUUACCUUGUCGACGACGUCCGCAUCCUUGAACCUCACGACGAUAUUGGGCCCGCUCCUACCCCCCGAUACCACACCCUUCUCAACAAGCCAGAUCAACAUGUUGACCACCGUCCCCAUGCUGACAACGGCCGCGGCCAGCUAUGUGCAGAUUCCGCUGUCUGUCGCCGUUGGCCGUCGUCCGGUCCUCUUACUAGCAUCGGCAUGUGCCUGGAUUGGCGCAUUGUGGGCAGGGCUCAGCAGCAGCGGAAGCCAAGCUGCCACCGCGGCCACCAUGUCCUCGGCGUUCCAACAGCAUGUGGCCGCCCGCGCACUCGUCGGUCUCGGCGCCGGCACUGUCAACGCCUUGGUGCCGCUCGUCGCCGCACACGAUCUCGUGUUUCUUCACCAGCGGCACCUCGUGUUGGCUGUCUCGUUUGCCAUCCAGGCCCUGGUUACGGCCAGCCUAUCGGCCGCCGCUCCCUUCCUGGCUGCGUUCUACGACUGGCGGUGGAUGUAUUAUAUUGUGGGCACGGCUGGGUUUCUGGCCUGGCUGGCCCUCGUUGCGCUUGUCCCCGAGACCCGCUGGACGCUGCGCACCAAGACGCAACUCUGCGGCGGUGGCUGCGGUGGCGACGGGGACCUCAGUGUGUACGCCGACGAGGACAACGACCGGCGGAAGCGCAACGCACGCCUCGACUACGAGGCCCACGGCGGCCGGACGCUGUGGACGGACACGGGAGUCUUUGUAGUAUCGCCGUUUGCCGCGUGGCAGUGGUCGCGCGCGGGCAGCAGCGUGGUGGACCUGGUGCGGACGGCGCUGCUGCCGGCGGUCGUGUGGGUCGCCGUGGUGCAGGCGGUGCUGCUCGUGGCCUCUACGGCGGCCGCGGAGCUGGCGGCCACAAUGUUGCUGGUGGCGGCGGCGGCGACCACGACCAAAGCCGACUCCUUUUCGCUCACAGGCCUGGUGCCGGGCGUCGCCCUGGGCGUGGCCGGCGUGUUGACCCUCGUUUUGGGUGCCGUGGGCGCCCGUUUCACGCUCGCCGUGACCCGUCACCUGCGUGCCCAGCAAAACCGCCGGCUGUCCGUGCUCACGCCCGCCGAGCGCCGUGCGCACAAAAAGGCGCGGCCGACGGUGCGCCGCGAGGCCGAGCACAACCUGCCCGUCGUCGUGCUCCCGCUGGCACUCGCCAUUGCCGGCAGCUUUGUCGUCGGAGCCGUCUUGAACUAUGCCAGCACGAGCACGGUGCUCCUGUUGCUGGGCCCGACGCUGCUGGCCCUCGCCAUGGUCCUCGCGCUGGUGGGUGGCAGCGUCUUUUUGAUGGAAAGCUACCCGGUCUGGGCCGGCCCGUGUUUGGCGCAUGCCAACAGCUGGCGGUUUGUGGCAGCGUUCUUCCUGCAGGGCACGACGGCCUCGUUUGUUGCCCGGGAAGGCGCCUUGGAAGUAUGGGCUGUGUAUGCAGAGAUCUUGAUCGUGGCCAGCUUGGGGCUGCCGGCGCUGUUUUUCGGCGGUCGGUGGUUGCGGACAUGGGCGGCCGGGACCGUCUCGGGCAGCAGCGAGGACACCAGCGCAGUAGGAGAUGGCGGCAGACGGGCGACGACGAUAGUAUCGCCGUCGCCAUCAGAGUCGUCCAUGAUGACGGGCUCGACGGUGUCGUCCACAACCGCGACGACGGCAUCUGUCAGGCCAGAUACAGUGCAUUCGUCUGAAUUCUUGGGUCCGCAUCCCGGGACAGCGGUGGACGUGGGAAGAACGCGGCACCAGUCUCUAAGAGACGAGGGUACCAUUACUGGGCGAGCACUCUAG